GCUACCGGCUAGUCCGCCCGCGGAACGUUGAGGGGAGGAGGGCGUUGGCGAUUGGCUAGCGGCCCUCGUGUCACGUGAUCGGCCAACAUGGCGGCGCCCGCGAGGCUCUGCCGCGCCGGUCAGGGGCUGAGUUGGCGGGUCUUGCGCCGGCAGCUUCAGCCGGCGCUAGUGAGGGCGGAGAGCAGUCGCGCUGCCGCUGGUACAAGCCGCUUGUACGAGCACGCACGGGACGGGUGGACGGCGCGGCCGCGGCUGGACAUGGAGGCGCUGAGCGCGCAGCUGGAGGAGGUGGAGCGGGAGCUGGAGACGCGCAAAGGGCCCCUGGGGCCGCGGGACCUGCGCGAGAUCGUUGAUACUUAUAAGAGGUUGGCUGAGGUGCAAACAGAGAUUGAAAAACUUGAAGCCGAGAAAGAUGACGUGGCUGAAGAGGUGCGGAAUCUUGUGAAAAGCCAAGAUAAUAAUACUUUACAAUCGUUCCCCAUUUACAACGUUUUACGGAAGCGUGGGAGGGAGCUCCGCCUUCAGCUCAACUUUUUGCGUGACAAGGAGUUAGAGUUAGAUGAGAAAUACUACUUACGUGCCCUCAAGCUUCCCAACAGGACUCAUCCCGACGUGCCAGUCGGAGAUGAGAGCCAAGCACGGCUGGUAGAGAUGGUUGGCGAAAAACCAGCUUUUGACUUCAAGGUGAAAGGGCAUCUGGAAAUCGGGGAAAAUCUGGAUAUUAUUAGACAAAGGCGUUUGUCCCACAUCUCAGGCUAUCGGUCGUACUACCUCCGUGGGGCAGGAGCGAUGCUCCAACAUGCCCUGGUGCAGUUCACGCUCAACAAGCUGAUGAAAAAGGGGUUCAUUCCAAUGAGUGUUCCAGACCUGCUUAGAGGAGCUGUGUUUGAAGGCUGUGGCAUGCUUCCUGAUGCUAGUGCCUCUCAGGUGUACAACAUAGACCCUUCCCACUUUGAAGACUUGAGCCUGGCGGGCACAUCUGAAGUUGGAAUUGCAGGGUAUUUCAUGGAUCAUGCAGUAAAUUUAGAAGACACUCCAGUCAGGACGGUCUGUUGCAGCACUUGCUACAGAGCAGAGACAGACACCAGGAAGGAGCCGUGGGGGCUGUACAGGGUACAUCAGUUCACCAAGGUAGAAAUGUUUGGGGUUGCUGCCAAUGAGACUGGGGCGGAGAGCAAAGCCCUGCUGGAGGAAUUCGUGGCUCUGCAGAAAGAGAUCUUCUCUGAGCUGGGGCUGCACUACAAGGUCCUGGACAUGCCGACGCAGGAACUGGGCCUGCCUGCCUACAGGAAAUUUGACAUCGAGGCCUGGAUGCCUGGCCGGGACAAGUACGGAGAGAUCUCCAGUGCUUCCAACUGCACAGACUACCAGAGCCGGAGGCUGAACAUCAUGUACUACAACCAGGAAGGGCAGCUCUCUUACGCACACACGGUCAAUGGCACCGCCUGCGCCAUUCCCCGGAUGCUCAUCGCCAUUAUAGAAUCCAACCAGCGCAAGGAUGGCAGCGUCCGUGUGCCAGAGGCCCUGCAGCCACUGAUGGGCACCGAGGUUAUUGUCAAGCCUAACUACACUCCCUUGAAAUACAUUGGUCCCAACCAGCCCAAGAAACGCUGAUCCCGUGAUCCCAGAUCGUGGGGCCCCUGGAGAAAGCAGAGAGGACUGAGUCUGCCCAAUCCCCAGCCUGGGGAAGGAGGAGUCUUCUAGCAGCAGGGCUGCCAUGCUGCUGGCUUGUGGGGCUUGCCGGUAAUGGAAGGGGAGGCUUUGGAUGUGGGGCUUACAUGCUGAUGAGAGGACACACACACACACACACACCCUCUGUGGAACUUGCGGUUGUGAAAAGCUCCUGUGCCCAUGGUGAAGGACAGCUAGAAAUGUCGGGACGUCCUUCUCCCAGUGAUCUGGACCAGACCCUUUCCCGAAGUCCGUGCCCCAGGGUCUUGUGCACGGGAGGUGUGUCUGUGGGAGAAGACGCUCUCCCGUAGCGCUGGAGAUCUCGUGACACCCGUCAGCUGGAAUCUGCCGUCUCUCCAUUCUGGUGUCCUUUGGCCCUAAUCCUCCGUCCCAACUGGACUGCAGUGUUGGAGAGGGAGGAGUCCUUCAUUCCCUGAGAGCGCUUACUGCCUGGCCCAAGGGCAGCGGAGCCCUUGACAAAGCCGAGGAAUUGCUGACCCAAUAAAGGACACUCACGCAA